UACACCGCAGCUGCCGCUGCUAGCCCGAAACGCCAUCUUAAUUAGGCAAGGGGGGGUUUAAACGGAGAGAAGGCUAGAAAGCGCCCUGUGAGGGAGACAGGAAAAUAUUUUAAUCCGCGUUUCAAACAGCCCGUCUGGAGUAGUAUCAGCCAUGGCUUGGUCUGUUUACCGUACACAUUAAACGAGCGCUCCCGAGGAGUUCGGCUGGUUAGCUGUGAGCUACAUAGCUAGCAUAGGGGAGGGUAAGGGGGGUGAGGAUUUUUUUUUUUUUUUUUUGGCGCAGCUGAAGUUAUUUGUUUAUGUUAUCCUACACGGACAUGUCCUCUUCAAAUCCAGACUUACCAGACCCAAAUCUGGGUAUGGGGGCAAGUGGGGCCCAAGCAAGUGGGGGGGCAGUUGUACCAAAAGGGACCAACAAAAGACCAGCUGCACCAGACUUUGAUGAUGAUGAUGGAAGCAAGUUAUUCAGAUGUGAUGAUGAUGCACCAGGCUCCAACAAUGACAAGGAGCGCUUUGCAAGGUUUUUGGAAGAAGAUGAGAGUUUUGCAGAUAAGGAAAAGCUAGCCAGGGAGAACCACAGUGAGAUUGAGAGGCGGCGGCGGAACAAGAUGACCGCCUACAUCACAGAGUUGUCCGACAUGGUGCCCACGUGCAGCGCACUGGCACGGAAGCCAGACAAGCUCACCAUCCUGCGAAUGGCAGUGUCCCAUAUGAAGUCUCUGCGAGGAAGUGGCACUACCAACGCCGACGGGUCAUACAAGCCCUCCUUUCUCACUGACCAGGAGCUGAAGCACCUGAUCCUCGACGCAGCUGACGGCUUCUUGUUUGUGGUAUCAUGUGAGACCGGUCGCAUUGUUUACGUCUCGGACUCCCUGACACCCGUCCUCAACCAGUCCCAGACUGAAUGGCUGGGCUCCUCCCUUUACGAUCAGCUCCACCCAGACGACAAGGAGAAGCUCAGGGAGCAGCUGUCCACUGCCGAGAACAACAACACGGGGAGGAUGCUGGACUUGAAGACAGGAACAGUGAAGAAAGAGAGCCAGCAGUCAUCAGCUAGGAUGAGUACAGGAGCCCGUCGAUCCUUCAUCUGCAGAAUGAGGUGUGGCACGUGUCCGGUGGAGCCGCUGUCAAUGAAUAGACUGAACUUUCUUCGAAAUAGAAACAGGAAUGGUUUGGGCGCUGCCAAAGAGGGAGAGCCUCAGUAUGUUGUAGUCCACUGUACAGGAUACAUCAAGUCCUGGCCCCCUGCAGGAGUAUCGUUAACGGAUGAUGAAGCAGACAAUAAUCAGGGGAGUCGCUACUGUCUAGUUGCCAUUGGAAGAUUACAGGUUACUUGUUGUCCAGGUGACACUGACCUCAACAGUAUCAGUGUUCCAGUAGAGUUCAUCUCCCGCCAUAACUGCCAGGGCAUGUUCACCUUCGUAGACCACCGAUGCCUGGCCGCUGUUGGAUAUCAGCCCCAGGAAUUAUUGGGGAAGAAUAUUCUGGAGCUUGCCCAUCCUGAAGAUCAGGGCUUACUGAGAGACAGCUUCCAACAGGUGGUGAAGCUGAAGGGUCAAGUUUUGUCAGUGAUGUUUCGAUUCCGCUCCAAAUCGAGAGAAUGGAUCUGGAUGAGGACGAGCUCUUUCACGUUCCAGAACCCAUUUUCGGAGGAGAUUGAAUACAUCAUCUGUACCAAUGUCAAUGUGAAAAACUCGACUCAGGACCCCCUCACUCCCAUCUCCUCCCCCGGGGCUUCGAUGCCCCCCUCCCUGGGUCAGGUCAGCCCCAGUGGCCCUCCUGUAGUGCUCAGCCCGGUUCAGAUAGCCACCAGGCAACUGCAGCAGCAGCAGGCCGACCUGGAGGGAGGAGGAACGAGAGACGGCAUGUACGAGGCCGGACCAAUCCCUCUCCCACAGAUGCCCGUGCAGCCAGUGGCGGCUGCAGGACCGGACCAUGGCAAGAGCAUGGAGAAGCCAGAGCUCUACCCUUCGCUUUUCCAAGGGCCCGAUCAGGCCAAGGCCAUGCCCUCCACCUCCACUCCGUCCGCUCAGAUCUACGCUCCAGCCAACAACUUCCCUGCUCCUCGGUCCACUGAGACCUACAGACCGGUCAGCAUGACUCCGCAGAUGGCACAGCCAGCCCAUUCGGCGGGGCAGAUGCUGGCUCAGAUGUCUCGGCAGAACGGAGCGCCACAGUCGAUUCCUCCCUCCAGCACCAGCAGCCCCCUCCACGCUGGACCGGCAGGGGGGUGGCAAGGAGCUGGAGCCGGGGUCCGGCCACAGUUUAAUAACCAGCAGCAGGUGGCUCCUCAAGCAGCAAAAACCAUGACGCCACCAUUUCCUCCCAUGGGAGGCUUCGGAGGAGGCUCCUCCAACACGUUCAGCCAGAUGCCCACAGGCGCCGCUCCCACCCCCCCCAGCGGGCCGAACUACCCACAGAUGAACGCCCGAGCCAACAUCAACAACGGCUAUGACGGUUCCCAGUCCGGUGCACAGUUCCCGUCCCGGGCAGCGGAGGCGGUGUGGCCCCAGUGGCAGGGCCAGCAGCACUCUCAGAGCACCGAGCAGCAUCCGCACGCUCAGGGCCACCAGCAAGACAUGUUUCCUGAUGUGCUGUCGAUGCUGGAUCAGCCUGCCAACUUCAACAGCGACGACUUUGAGAUUCCCAUGUACCCGCCGUUUAACGAGUGAAAUGUUCGACUGCCGCUUUCACUUCUGGACCCUCAGUUUCCGAUGUUUAUCCUGUGUUCUUCCUGCUCCUGAGAGUAGCGCUCUUCCCGUGUUUUGCAUGGCUUCAGCUGCGCAGUAACAGACGGAGGGACAGCUCUGACCGUCAAUCUAAUGCGGGAAGGAAACGGUUUGCUACUGAUUCAAAGCUCAUUAGAACAAUGUUCCAGCCAUUGUCAGAGGAUUUUCUAGCUAGCACUGCCCAAAGCUCAACAACCUGCGUUGUAGAUAUGUGAUAUAUGGAAUAUAUAAAUAUAUAUUAAAAAAAGCGCACAAUCACUUGAAUAGACUGGCACAGAAACACUCGGCACCACUCGAGCAAAACACAGGAAGUAAACUCACGCACACACAAAGGCCUUUUAUUCCGACAUGUUUGUGGUAUUUCUCAGGCAUCGAUGACGAGUGUGUUUUUGCUGUUGGACCCUUUAGCACAUGGAGGCGUCUCUCCAGGCCGUGGCUCAAACUCUCGGGAUAUUGCAGGGAUGUACAGCUCCGGCGCUCUCUCGGCGCUCGGCUGCCGCACGCUCACCUCACGCUCGGUUCUGCACCCACCGCAUGUCUCUGCAUGACGGAGCUGCUCUCAGGUUUACACCGAGGGCAGCGUUCUGCGCACGUCUGUGGCUUCACGUAUAGAUUUUAGCGGUUAUGUUGCUUUUAUGUCUGUAUUGAAUGAUGUGCUUCAACAAACCACCUGUUACAGUGGCGACAUGCUGAUCUUUAAGAUGCCAGCUGGAUACAUAGUCUGUUUUGUUUUUUGUUUUUUUUUUUUGCUUUGCCUGCAUAUAAACCGAAUGCAUGUGUGUGUAUGUAUCAUGAAGCGGAUACAUACUGUGUCGUUAUCAGCUGAAAGUCGUCCGGUUUCCGCCUUGCUUGACUUGCUUCUAUCCGCCGCCCUCAUUUCACUGAUAGGCUUUUUGUACGCCUUUAUUAAAAGUGUAUUAAAAACAUGCAGCAAUAAUUAACAAGCCAGGUAUUGUGUACUUUUAAAGCCAUUGUUUAUUACAGUGUUUCUUUUUUUUUCUAAUUAUUUUAAAGUGGGGAGAUCUGUUAGGAAGGCUUGAUUUAUCUGUUAAGUUUCCCAAGUAUUUCUUUGGAACUGUCCGGCUCCCCCUCUGAUUGGUGUUUUAAUGGUUUGAUCAGGGUAUUCAGGAUUUAAAUGGAAUCAACAGAGCU